UUUCAUGGGCAGGCUUCACGGACGGAUACGGAGGAACAGUGUCGUAAGCUAACUAUCAGGCUGUGUAAAAGUGAUAAGACAUCUGUAUCGUUGCUUGGGCGUAUCGAACAUGGUUUGUGGAGGAUUUACCUGUUUAAAAAAUGCUCUUUGUGCACUCAACGUGGUUUAUAUGCUGGUGGGCCUGCUGCUGAUUGGCGUGGCAGCGUGGGGGAAGGGCUUCGGCAUCGUCUCCAGCAUCCACAUCAUCGGCGGGGUGAUCGCUGUGGGCUUCUUCCUCCUCCUCAUUGCCAUUGUAGGCCUCAUCGGCGCAGUCAAUCACCACCAAGUCCUGCUCUUCUUCUACAUGGUCAUCCUUUUCUUCGUGUUCCUCUUCCAGUUUGGAGUGUCAUGUUCGUGUUUGGCAAUAAAUCGCGAACAGCAGGGGAAGCUGCUCAACUCCUCGUGGGAGAUGAUGGGCAACACAACCAAGGAGAAUGUGGAGACACAGUUGAACUGCUGCGGGCUCUUCAACUCCACAGCUGACCGCACACACUACGAAAGCGAUUUCCAGCACUGCACGGCCCCAUGCAAAAACACUCAGUGCUCCACCUGUGGGGAGUUGAUGCUCCAGCAUGCUGGUGAGGCCCUGCGGAUCCUGGGGGGCGUCGGCCUCUUCUUCAGCUUCACAGAGAUAUUGGGCGUGUGGCUGGCCGUGCGCUACAGGAACCAGAGAGAUCCCAGAGCAAACCCCAGUGCUUUUCUAUAGGGACUAGUGCACCACCAUAACCCUCAUGCAAAUCAUAUAAGAUGGAUGGCACAAUGACACUGUGUGCAUAGAAUCAUGCAGGAAAUCCAAAUCUAUAACUUGCAUCACAGCAGUACACACACAAGCACACAUGCAUACACUCACGUACAUACACACACACACACACACACACACACACAGAGGCAGACGCAUGCGCACAUACAUUUACUGGACUUUGCAAACCUCUCCACUCGGUACAAAUUUUUGGAAUCUGCAAGCGACGUGGUCAGAACCACACUGGAACACCCACCUUGCAGCCACAAGGACUGCCAGAGGAUGCCCGUGCUUGCAGAAGACCCUGACCAGUUUGUCUGCUCGCGUACGAUGGGACGGUCUAGUGACCAUAACCCUUCCCUCCCCACACUAUAUUAAUGGUUGAGCGAGUUCCAGCACCCUGGACAGCAACCAUUCUCGGGCUGUGGUACCGGCUGGAUUCCCAGCUCCAUUAACCCGAUUGUCCUCACUCUACCACCGUGUUAUUGCACACACUGUGACUUGAAUAACGUGUAUAUAGAAUACAGAUAGGCAAUCUGAAAACUUUCAUAGCUGCUGUACACAGAUAACAAAUAUUUCGAUGCUCCCCUGGUUCAACACAGGCCUGCUCUUUCUUCCUGUAAGCUGGUGUCCAGAUGGAACACUAUGAGGCAGCAGUUUGGGACACAUUAAUAAGGCGCAGGCCCUCGUAUCAGAGGCCAGCUUCACAUUUUCUCCAUUUUGCUCAUUGGUGUGUAAGAAUCUAGGAGUGGACUGAUUGACAGACCAUUUAAAAACAUGGUUCCUGAAAAGAUUAGGUGCACCAUCGCAAAGUAUUAUCCAACAUUUGUUUUUCAUGGCACCUGAGUAUUAAAGCGAAUGUCUGAAGCAUCUGCCUAUAGACUAAUUGGGCAUUCUUCAAAGGCAGAAACAAAACCUCAAAAUUGUUGUUGUUUGGAAUGGCGUGCCAUAUUACAAAACUGCAAACAGACAAAAUUUAUCAGCCUUCAAAGGUAGCUUUCUGUCUCACAGUGAACAGAUGAACAGAUAGGCAGUGAACAGAUAGGCAAAGGUGAGGAUAGAGAGAUUGAGCUGGUGAAUGAUUAGGUAGAGGGAAGGAGGUGUGGCAUUCCUCACUGCCCACAUCAGCCAAUGGCGGAACAGCACAAGUCAGCCUGUUAUAACAGUGAUGCGUGGAAAGGCAGUGGAUUCCUCAGUGGCUCUCGUGUCACAAAGAACCGUGGGGAAUGGACACUGUUUCAUUGCAUUUUAUUUCGGACUUGAGUGUAGUUUGCGUUCCCUUUUGUCCCUCAUGGGAAGUGAGGUCUGUUUUUUUUUUUUAAGAGGGUUUUUUUAAUCAAGCUGAAGCUGGCUCAGUAACAUAAGCGGUUUAUGGGAUUAUCUCUAUCAGUGUCUGUUAUACGAUUCAGGUAAUGCUGUUGUCUCAAUCCCACAACAGAGAUUGCAUUACAAUCCCGUACAUUCCCAGCUCUGAUGCCAAGGUCAGACUCUUGUCACUUUUCGAAGUGGGCGCCUGGGAAAAGUUGAUGGUUUGAAAUGUCCUCAAAUGCCUUUGUUUUGGCUGAACAGGUGUCUCCAACAUUGGGAUUCUAUGUGAAAAUCAGAUUUAAAAAGCUCAUAAGGUAACAAGUACUUGCAUCGUUGUGCCGUUUGACUUUAAGCCGGGGAGGAUUUAAAAGGCUGCAGUCCUGAGAUGUAUCUUUAAUCCUAUCCUGUGUUUUGUGCUUGGGAAACUGCUUCAGCUGCCUAUCUGCAAGAAGAAAGGAGCACAGAUCCAUCAUCUAAAACAUUCCAAUCUAGAAGCGCUGCCACGCCUUCGGCUUCACCUGUACUCUUUCAGGACUGCAGUCCAGAAGUUUUUCUGACCGUUUGCGUUUGAAGACCAUGCACGAUUACCCACAGGUACCCACACAUCUGUAAUGGUCCUUGUGUUGCAACUCUUUAGAUACUUGCAUUUUUGAAAUGACUGAAGUAUGAUUGAAUGCUUCUGCAGCAGAUGGGAGUGCGUGGCAGUCAGCUCAAUGACUGCAGCUGUUCAACAUGGGGAGACACACUAUAGGUUCUCACAUUAGUGUGGUCUCGGAAGUGCAGUUAUUUUACAGAUUUAUUUUACAGAGCUAAAAGAAAGCAGUUGUUUAUAUUAUUUCAGUGGCCCCUUGGCAAAGAAUCUGAUAUGUGUAGCUGUCCCUAUGGUUUCGUCUGAGACUGGGCCCGUGGGACACCACACGCUCUGUGUCCUAGUGCGGGAGGUGUUCAGUGCUGAUUGUGGUUAGAGUUUCUGAUGCACGGGCCCGGUGUGAUGCCGCUGAGAAAUGUAACACAGUAAACGAUGAGCCUGGAGGAUCAGUUUAGUUAAGUACUAAAAGUGACUUACUCGCAGAGUUGGUGUCAUUUCAGUUUCAGUUUGAUUGGUUCAGGAAAUGAAUUGAAAUCCAGUUUAUUAAUUGAAAACUCUCAACAGAAGAUGAUGGACAAUAUUCAAUUCACACACUGAAUUUUGAUUCAUUCACUUUAUUGACUGAACUGAAAUGGAAUUGACACCAACUCUGCUUAUUGCUGUAUUCUCCAUGUUGU